AGCAGCUGGCGCUGUGCGCCUCUGACGCUGCGCUCUGACGCGCCGCCGCAGAAGAAGCGGGACGACCUGUUGUGUUCCGCAGUGAAGCAGCUAACCCAACAGGUCGAGCUGGAGGCUCGGUGAAGCUUUACCGUCAAACUGCGGCUGCACAACAAGGCUCCAUUUGUACCAGGUCGAAAUGGGAGACCCUGCUCUUCAUAGAGACUGUCCCCUUGAUUGCAAGGUUUAUGUUGGGAAUCUAGGAAACAAUGGAAACAAGACAGAGUUAGAAAGAGCAUUUGGGUACUAUGGCCCUUUAAGAAGUGUUUGGGUUGCCAGAAAUCCCCCAGGCUUUGCUUUUGUAGAGUUCGAAGAUCCCAGAGAUGCAUCUGAUGCUGUGCGAGAACUAGAUGGAAGGCACAUGUGUGGCUGCCGAGUGCGCGUGGAGUUAUCCACCGGCGAGAAGCGCUCUAGGAGCCGUGGCCCUCCUCCAUCCUGGAAUAGACGCCCUCGCGAAGAUUUUAGGCGACGUAGUCCUCCAGUCAGACGCAGAUCACCGAAGAGGAGGAGCCUCAGCCGCAGUCGCAGCAGGUCUGUUUCAAGAGACAGACGCAGAUAUCGGUCUCUCUCCAGAGACAAGAAUCAUAAGCGCUCAAGAUCCUUUUCACGGUCAAGGAGUCGUUCCGCAUCCGCCGAGAGGAAAUGAAGACCUUAGACAACGGUUUGUCUGCAGGAUCCUGCUAUGAUUGUGAAAAUACAAAUUUUUAUAGUCAUGUUUUUCUUUUUAGAUUAUGUUUUCUCAGCUUAAGACAGCCAAAGGUUGGCCUUGUUACAUGUUGUGUAAUAGCAAUCUGGUGAAUUAACAACAAAGGACUGGAACUGUUCGUAUUUUGUCGGUUCUCAUGGCAAGAUCAACCCAUUUUACUGACAUAUUUUCUCUUUGAAUUUACUCUAUAAAGCAUAAAACAGAUUUGUUGUGCCCUGCAUGUUUUUAAAUGGAAUACUGGAUUUAGUUUUACAUUACCAUCCUGUUUUUUUAACUGUUGAAUUAAAGUUCAGGUGAUGUUUUUGGUUUUUAUUUGUUUUGCUGUUUCUUUCCUUUUUUUUUUUUUAAUUCCUGGUUCACUUUUAAAUUACUGACAGUGGGUAACUGUGAGCUGCAUUGCCAAGCAUAGUUUGUAUCAGUGACAGAAAGCAGAAUGGCAACAAACAUUGUAAAUACCGGUGCUGUUAUUUGCAGGCUAUCAUUGAAGCCUAAAGCAUCAUCUGUAAUUCUGUAUUUCACCUGUCACUUUUGCUAAUUAAGGCAUUUAUCUAUUCAACUUUGCUUGAUUCUCUGAAGUCUGACAUAGUGUGCUGAUGCAGUUAAACAACUUCUUCAAUAAAUGUUUUUCCAAGGUGACAAUA